GACCCGUGGACGCUCUAAAAAAGAGAUUGCGGGCUAAUAUUUUAUGCAGGUUUCCUUUCAAAAAAUAAAUUCUAACUAAAGUAUUUUUAAAACUAUGUCGCCGUAACCUUCAAUCGAUGUUUUUUCCCCACAGAAGAGAGCAGUUUUUCUUCUGAGCUGGUAAAAAAAUGACUGGCUAAUAUAGCAGGCUAACAGCUAAUGCUUCGCAAUUUUGUUUCAUUAAGACACCUACGAACACACUGGGUGUUUUCUCUAAAGGGAUUCUCGGAGACUGAAAUGGGCUUGUCUUCAAGAUAUUUAGAACAUAAUUCAUAGGUACAAUGAAGAGAAGAGCUGAUGUAGCGUUUGUACCGCUGCAGGGGACAAAAAGGCAUCGCGAAGAGAGUAGCUCAGAUGAAGAGUCACAAUCACGACAAGACUCCAGCCAAAAUGAGUCCCUCAGUGACCAGGAGGAUCACAGACCUGGGUUCUCCAUGCCCUCCAUAUCAUCACCAUCCUUUGAUUCCAAAGACAACGAUGACGCCACUCAGACCUCGAAGUUCUCCAUGUACAACAGYGUAUCACAGAAACUCAUGGCCAAGAUGGGCUUCAGAGAAGGCGAGGGUCUGGGGAAGUUUGGUCAGGGGCGAAAGGAGAUUGUGGAGGCCUCCACCCAGCGUGGUAGAAGGGGUCUGGGCCUCACGCUGCAAGGUUUUCAGGGAGAACUCAAUGUCGACUGGCAAGAUGAACCUGAGCCCAGUGCAGUAGAGAAAGUAGAAUGGUUCCCAGAAUGCACUACAGAGAUCCCAGAUGCGGAUGAGCUGAGGGACUGGAUGAGUCUUGAACAGAGAAAACAUAAGAUUGAAGAUGAAACUGAGUUUUGCACAGAAGAUCUCCUGCACACUCUUCUACGGUGCAAAACAGUAUUUGAUGAUCUGGAGGGUGAGGAGAUGAGGCGAGCUCGGACACGCUCCAACCCAUAUGAAACGAUCAGAGGAGGUAUCUUCCUCAACAGAGCAGCAAUGAAAAUGGCCAACAUCGACCACUGCUUUGACUAUAUGUUCACCAAUCCAAAGGAUUCUCAAGGGAAAUCCCUGACCAAAGACCGUGAAGGGGAGCUUCUGUACUUUGGGGACGUCUGCGCCGGACCUGGAGGCUUUUCAGAGUACAUCCUGUGGAAGAGACGUUGGCACGCCAAAGGCUUCGGCAUGACGCUGAAAGGUCCCUGUGAUUUCAAACUGGAAGAUUUCUACGCUGCUCCGAGCGAGCUGUUCGAGCCUUACUACGGUGAGGGCGGAGUGGAUGGAGAUGGUGACAUCACUCGGCCUGAAAACGUGACUGCGUUCCGUAACUUUGUGAUGGAAAAUACAGACAGAAGAGGGCUGCACUUCCUCAUGGCAGAUGGGGGUUUUUCUGUGGAGGGCCAGGAGAACCUGCAGGAGAUUCUCUCCAAACAGCUGCUUCUCUGUCAGUUCCUCACAGCUCUCUCUACACUUAGGACAGGCGGCCACUUUGUCUGUAAAACCUUUGACCUCUUCACUCCUUUCAGUGUUGGUUUGGUCUACCUGCUCUACCUUUGCUUCGACAGGGUCUCACUUUUCAAACCCGUCACCAGUCGGCCCGCCAACUCUGAGAGAUACGUUGUGUGUCGAGGCCUGAAACCCGGCUCUGAUGCAGUCAGAGAGUACAUGUUCAAAAUCAACCUGAAACUGAACCAGCUCAAGAGCACGGACACAGAUGUUAUAAGCGUGGUUCCUCUGAGCAUCAUAAAGGAAGAUACUGACUUCUACCAGUUUAUGGUCAACUCUAACGAGAGCCUCUGUGCUGUCCAGAUCAAGGCCUUGGCCAAGAUUCAUGCUUUUGUCGUAGAACCGACGCUUUCAGAGCCGAGACAAGCUGACAUCAGGAAGGAGUGUCUGAAGCUGUGGGGGGUACCAGACAAGGCCAGAGUUGCUCCUUCUUCAUCAGACCCAAAAUCAAAGUUUUAUGAACUAAUUAAGAAUUCAGACGUGGAUUUGUUCCAAAGUAAACUCACUCCACUCGACUCCAACACGCUCAGCAAGCUGCGACAGAUCUUUGACUACAGGUGCAUCGUGGGAGGUGGGGAGCAGAUCUUCCUUCUCGCCAUGGGGAAGUCUCAGAUUUACACGUGGGAUGGGAAGAUGCCUGUUCGCUGGAUGAAAAUAGAAAAUUUCAAAUUAGAGCUGCCAAGAGACACACUUCUCAGUGUGGAGAUUGUUCAAGAGCUGAAGGGCGAGGGUAAAGCUCAGCGCAGAAUCAACGCUGUUCACGUUAUGGAUGCACUCGUACUUAACGGCACCGACGUCAGAGAGCAGCACUUCAACCAGCGCAUCCAGAUGGUUGAGAAGUUUGUGAAGGCCGUGGCUAAACCCAGCAGACCUGACAUGAACCCCAUCAGAGUGAAAGAAGUUUACAGACUUGAGGAAAUGGAGAAAAUCUUCCUCAGACUUGAGAUGAAGAUAACCAAGAGUUCAGGAGGUGUUCCUCGACUGUCCUACACCGGCAGAGACGACCGGCAUUUCCUUCCUACGGGCCUUUACAUCAUUAAAACCGUCAAUGGUCGGUGCUGGACAUGUGCUGUGUGUAGCAACAUAAACAGCUUCUUUUGUGUUAAUUACAAAAUAACCGUUAAAUGUCUCCAAAUGUGUUUAUUUUCCCAUCACCCCUCAGAGCCGUGGACGAUGGCUUACAGCAAAAACUCCAACAAGAAGUUCUUCUUUAACAAGCUAACCCAGAUAUCAACUUACGAGAUGCCACCGAAUGCUGCUGCUCCUUUCCUCGUUUGCCACUCUGAGCGACUCUUCUGGGCCUGGGUGGAGGGGGUCAUCGUUCACGACUCCCAGACCCGGAUGGACCCCGAAAAACUCUCCAAAAACGACGUUUUAAGCUUCAUCCACCAGCAUCACCAGCACUGAGCCACUUCAGCUGCGAAACGUUAGGCGUGCUCUAAACUGGGGGUCACGUAGGACCUCUGAUGAGGAUGAUCAACAACUGAUUUGACAAUGAAAGGACAAUUAUGUUCUAAAAGGUUUUUAUGUUUAGUUUAAUGUCAAAUAUUAAAUGGCUUUAUGAGCAUUCUGAUUGCAGAGAAGCUGACGUUUUCUGCUGUUCUGCAGCGUUGAUAUCAGAACAAACCUGUUAACAUUUCACCACCUUCAGCUUGUUAAACCAUUGAUUUUUCACCGUCCUCACAGAACAACGUGGAGACGAACAGAAUGCUGCUGUUCCCUGCAUGUUCCCUCAGAUCUCUGUUCCCAUAGAGUCCAUAGGGAACGGUUCAACUCUGUCCAUAACCACAGAUUGUUGUACGUUUGCUGCAAAUACAACAAAAAGUUUUGUUUCAGGCUUCUUCUCUGUAGCUGGACACCAAAACUUCUCUUUGCCUCCCCACGUUUUGAACGUCUCAGAUGUAGCAGCUCUGUCUCAGUCACAUUUAAUCCGUCUCAAACUUUUACAGCGUUUUUGUUACUUUUUAGGUUGUCUGUACCCUCUUCUUUGUGGGGGGGGGGGUUGACUGUGCCUCCUAUGCCCUGAGAGUUUUUUUAAUGCUGCAAUAUGACCUGUUUUCCUCAUGCCGGGCGAGCUCACUAAUUACUGAAUGUAAAUAUGAUGAGAGUAAAUAAAGAGAGAUGCYGUUCGCUCCGUG